UGCUAACUGUGCACACGGCAGCCUGCAGCUGCUCUGACCAGGGCCAGCUCAACGUUGUGUGAGGAAACAAGAAGAACACAGAGGAGGAGGAGAGGAGAGGAGAGGAGAGGGGGAUGACUGUGCCGGGAGUUCUUUAGCCUUUUUUUUUUUUUUUUUUUUCUGUCUCUCAGUCUCUGUCACAACGAGGCUAAUCAGCGACCGACUAGCCCUUGGCAAAGUCACAGUGAGGGAGGUCUCUCCAGAAAAACGGGUGACCAGCCGACGAGCAAACACAUGUGUCAGGAGUCGACAGGACUGAGGAUUUUUAAAAAAAAUUCUUCUUCAUUUUUCCCCCCACUUCUUCUGUCCUCCCUCUGCUGUCUUUGACUGCGCUAUGGAUCAUUGUGAUUUAUCCACAGUGGAGCUGCGUUUUGGAGUCUGCAGCCUGGCAGGGGGGCAGUUAGAGGGGGCAGAAAGGAUCCAGGCACCUACUAAGUCUUCAUGGCCUUACCUUUGCCUGUGAGUGUUAUUCAUGCUGAUUCCAGUCUUUAAUCGUAGGAGCCAUUUUGUACCCUGGGCUAAUAGAGGGGGCCACCUUACUUUUUCAGUGAGGUAAAAAACAAGACAAAAUUAGUCUUCUGUCUCUCCAUGGAGCGGAUUUAUAAAUUAACGUGAUGCAUGACUGUUGCUUUUAACGUUUGGAAAGAGGCGAAAACAGACCACUUCCAAACUAAUGAGCAUCUCCCUGCACUGUCGAUGGAACUUCGGAGCUGCGAGUCGCUCCAGCCGGGCUAAGGUGGUCUGUCCUCUGGUGUGUGCCGUCUCCCCCCACCAUGCAGAAUAAUGAGCCCUCCACACCAUGAGUCCUUUGGGCCAGGUUAGUGUGCAGCCUACCUGGAACGCAGCUCUGCUCGCCGUGAUCUCCCUCAUGGUGCCCACUCUCAGUAUGUGCCAGUCCACAGGCCUCGCGUUGGGCUCGGCUAACCCACAGAACUGCCCGGGCGUGUGCUCGUGCACUAACCAGCUCAGCAAGGUGGUGUGCACCCGCCGGAGCCUGAUCCGGGUUCCUCCAAACAUCCCAGCCAACACCAGGUACCUAAACCUGAUGGAAAACAGCAUAGAGACCAUACAGGCGGAUACAUUCAGGCACCUGCAUCACCUGGAGGUUCUGCAGUUAGGCAGAAAUGCCAUCAGACAGAUUGAGGUGGGGGCCUUCAACGGCUUGACCAGUCUUAACACCCUGGAACUGUUCGACAACCGACUGACGGUCAUACCCAGUGGAGCUUUUGAGUACCUGUCAAAGUUGAGAGAAUUAUGGCUUAGAAACAAUCCCAUUGAGAGCAUCCCCUCCUACGCCUUCAACCGCGUCCCCUCCCUCAUGAGACUGGACCUUGGAGAGCUGAGGAAGUUAGAGUACAUUUCCGACGGGGCGUUCGAGGGCCUUCACAACCUCAAGUACCUCAACUUGGGGAUGUGCAACCUUCGGGAGUUUCCUAAUCUCUCACCGCUGGUGGGAUUGGAGGAGCUAGAAAUAUCUGAGAAUGUUUUCCCCGAACUGAAGCCCGGGGCCUUUCGCGGGCUCAAGAAUUUACGCAAACUGUGGAUUAUGAACUCUGCGAUCACUACUAUCGAAAGGAAUGCAUUCGAUGACAUCACGGCCUUGGUGGAGCUGAAUUUGGCCCAUAACAACCUGUCGUCUCUUCCUCACAACCUCUUCACGCCUCUGCAGUACCUGGUGGAGUUACACCUGCACCACAACCCCUGGCGGUGCGAUUGUGACGUCGUGUGGCUCUCCUGGUGGCUCAGAGAAUACAUUCCCACAAACUCCACCUGCUGCGGACGCUGCCACACCCCGGUCCACAUGAGAGGUCGAUACCUGGUGGAGGUCGAUCAGACCACCUUUCAGUGUUCGGCGCCGUUUAUACUCGACGCUCCGAGAGAUCUUAACAUCUCGGCGGCGAGGGUCGCAGAACUGAAGUGUCGCACUGCUGCCAUGAGUUCGGUCAGAUGGCUUCUCCCCAACGGCACCGUAUUGACCCAUGGCUCGGCUCAUCCGAGGAUAUCGGUCCUUAAUGACGGAACUCUCAAUUUCUCCAACGUUCUGCCGUCAGACACUGGUGUCUACACGUGCAUGGUGAGCAACAUGGCAGGGAAUUCCAACGCCUCGGCCUACCUAAACGUCAGCAAUGCUGAACUCAACACGUCUAAUUUGUCUUAUUUUACAACUGUAACGGUGGAGGUUUUGGAGCCCACCGUGGAAGAGACCCCCAAACCCAAGCCUACUAUCCCCGCUUCGCCCUCUGUGUUUCAGCCUGUCUUCAUCUCCACACCUACUGUGCUCUUCCAGAGCACUCAGACUCCAAGGCAGGUGUCGAUCCCUACUGCCAGAAUCCCUAGCGGGCCAGCCGCCAGCCUGGAUGAGGUGAUGAAAACCACCAAAAUCAUCAUUGGCUGUUUUGUUGCUGUCACCUUGCUUGCAGCUGCCAUGUUAAUUGCGUUCUAUAAGUUGCGUAAGCGGCAUCAACAGAGGAGCACGGUGGCAGCAGCCAGGACCAUAGAAAUCAUUCAAAUGGAGGAGGAAGUUCCUCCUGUUCCACCGCCCACCUCGGGAUCUAGCGGUUCGGACGACACGGUGUUGGUACUGCCGACAUUAGUUGAACACAACAGCAACACCUUUAAGCCUGGGUACGUGUCCACCUCCUCAGGCCGCCAAGGGAGCUAUGGAGCCCACUGGACCCAGAACAACUCCCUCCAUCGCUCAGUCAGACAGCAUCACAGCCACAUCAGCACCAUAACGGAUCCCUACGCCAUUAAGACUACCCAUGGCAAAGAGAAGGUUCAAGAGACCCAAAUCUAAGUAAUGCUCCCCGACAUGGAUCUAUCUCUGACUAUGCCCCAACCCUCUUCACUCCACUGCUCACCACUCCAUGCAAUAGAAUGCACAAAGAACAA